AUGUGGCCUAGGGAGGCAAAGUCACAAAUCCACCCACAUGACAGAUUUUAUAGAGUGAAAGUCUAUGUCCGGAAGGAAGAUGAGGAAUGGGAACAUCUAGGCUCUGGACAAAUUUCCACCAAAUACAUCGGUCGCCUGCAAGAUGUUUGCCUGCUUGUUCACUCAAAAUCAAAUGACUCACUGAUAAUGGAGUGCACAAUACAUCACAAUGUACCAUAUAGGAGACUAAAAAGGAAUUUAAUUACUUGGACUGAACCUAACAACCUUACCAUAGCAAUACGUUUCCGUGACCCAGAUGGUUGUCAAGAUAUCUGGGAAGAUAUCUGCCAAGUUCAAGGCAAAGAUCCAAGUGUACAAAUCACACAAGAACCUACAGAUGAUUUAGAUGUUUUUCAAGAACUUCCCAAUAUCCAGAAUUUGUAUGAGAUGCAAACUUGUGAAAACAGCACUCUUGAGCACAUUGCAGAUUUAUUUAAUUUUGUUGAGGAAUCGCCAUGCUACAAGGAAAGGCUGGCUCUUCUUUUGGAAAAUGAAGAUUACAUUAAAAAAUUGCUACAGAUCUUCCACAUUUGUGAAAACCAGAAGAACAUGGAAGGAUUAUAUUAUUUAUACAUCAUUGUUAGAGGAAUGUUAUUUCUCAACAAUAUGCCAUUGUAUAAGAUCUUGUUUUCUGAUGAGUGCAUCAUGGAUGUAUUAGGAUGCCUUGAGUAUGACCCUAUUUUGGAUCAUCCAUAUCGGCACAGGGAAUUCUUGACCAAAAAUGCAAAAUUCAAGGAAGUUAUGCCAAUAACAUGCUCAAAACUCAGACAAAAAAUAGACCAGACCUAUAGAGUACAAUAUAUUCAUGACAUUCUAUUCCCGACAUCAUCCAAAUUUCAUGAUAAUCGUCUUUGUGAAUUUACAACUUUCAUUUCUUAUAACAAAAUUGAAAUAGUUACCAUGCUGCAGGAAGAUGAAAUGCUUUUGCAUGAAGUAUUUGCUCAGUUAAAAGAUAACACUAUAAGUCAUGAAAGACAGCUUGAGUUGUUAUUUUUUUUCAAAGAAUUCUGUGAAUUUGGUAAGAUAUUAAAUUCUCAAAACAAAGAUGAAUUGUUGCAAACAGUGAUAAAUCUUGGACUCAUGAGUGCUUUAAAAGUUUCAGUACUUAAACAAGACUACCAAACAAAAGAAGCUGGUAUAGAUAUAUUUACUCGUCUAGUAGAAUACAAUCCACAAAUAGUCCGAAUGUAUGCAAUGGAAGAAGCACAGGCAAGCGAAAAUUAUGAUGAUCUUCUCAUCAAUAUCAUGAUCAAACAAAUCAUCUGUGAUCCUGACCAUGAAUCUCCAUAUGUUUUAAGUUUGACUGCAGUUCUCCGUGCAAUUCUUGAUCCACAAAGCAUGUGCACAACAGGGGACAGAUGUGAAAAGGAGAAAUUUAUGAAUUUCUUUUAUUCACAUUGCAUGAAUAACUUGGCUGAACCAAUUUUGUCUAUUCCAGGACAAAGUGAUAGUGAUGAUAACAGGGCCAACAUCUAUCCUGAUAAUUACCAAAAUGCACAAUUGCUUGGAGUAGUGUUAGAAUUACUCACCUUUUGUGUAAAACACCAUACAACUUACAUUAGAAAUUAUAUUUUGAGCAACAACUUGCUCAGCAGAGUCCUGGUGCUGACGAGCUCAAAGCACACAUUUCUGGUUUUGUGUGCUAUCAGGUUUAUGAGACAGAUGGUUGGCCAUAAUGAUGAAAUUUAUAAUCUUUACAUAAUGAAGAAAAAUCUUUUUGAACCUGUUAUAAAAGCUUUUACACGUAAUGGGGAAAGAAAUAAUAUGCUAAACUCAGCUAUUAUUGAGCUGUUUGAAUUUAUAAGAGAGGAAAACAUCAAGUCUCUUAUUGCAAAUGUUGUAGAAAAUUUUUUUACUGCAUUGGAAUCAAUUGAGUAUGUCCAGACCUUUAAAGGGUUAAAAGUUAAAUUUGAAGAGGAGAAGGAAAGGGAAAGUCAAAUGAGAAAGAAUUUACGUAAUAUAGUAUACCAGAUUGUAUACUGCACACAUAAGAAGUCUAUGGAGGUACAAAGCAAGGAAGAAAUGUGUUCUGGAGAAAGUACUGAAGCUAUUCUACCAAUGGGAAGUGAUUUUCCAAAUCAUUAUGACAUGUUUGUAAGAAUUAAAGAUACAAGUGAAAAUGUAGAACAGCCAGAAAGAAAAGCUUUUGACUGUUCUUCAUCUCAUUCUGAUGCUUCUGCUAAUAGAAAGUGUGAGCCAAACUAUAGCCACAAGAUUCCUUUAGUGGACUACCCAGAUGAUGACGAUGAUGACGUAGACAAUGAAGACCAUCAUGACAUUGAUAAAGAGGAAGAACAACCUCUUCCCAAAAGAUCUAAACUUGGUUCAUAA